AGGGCCUCAAAAAGCGCCAUUGUGCCGCAAAGAGGGGACUUUGCGCGGGUGAAGCGGGGCCUGUACGGGGGCGACUUGGCCCAAGUUCUUUCUGCAGACCCUCAGGGUCUUUUUGCUUCUGUUCGUUUAAUUCCCAGAAUUGAUUUGCAACUUCUUCUCAACAAGUCUUCAAGCACAGAGGCGUUGGGGUCUCGCCGCGCAAAAGCGGGAAAACCCGAAAAGCGGUUUUUCGACAGAGACCGAGUGGACGCGAGUGGGGGUCAGGUGGAGCAGGGUUUGAUUCCGGGGACAGUAAAGUUCGCGGGAUUGACUUUUGAAGAGGCAGGAUACAUCAUUCGCCGUGUGGCGCUCCGCCACUUGCUCCUGGGCCCUGCGGUCUCUCCCACUCUUUCUGAACUCCGAGACUUCUGCCAAAAAAUGUCCGAAACCGACAGAGAAGAGACUCUUGCAGCGCAAAAACCUUUACUCCAAAUGCUGAAGCAGCAACGCAGCGCCUUCAGGCUGGGCGACAGGGUGUUGGUUAUUCAGGGAGAGCUGCAGGGCCUGAGGGGGAAAGUCAGCCGCCUGCCGCAGAGCCAAGAAGAAGAAAGAGACACUCAGAUUCAAGUGACCCUCGAUGAAGGAGGUUUUGGAGAUGUCAAACUCAAAACUUUCGAGAAGGCGAAAGUGUUAAAGCCCUUCACGGAGUUAAUGCGGGAAGAAGUGGUUUAA